GGCGGGAAUGGCGGCGCUGAGCCUCACCGUGGACGCGGGCAGUCCUCCGCUCGGAGCUCUGCUGACACUGGAGCAUGUGAAGAAUGAUGUUGAAAUUUCAGUGCAAGAAGGCAAAGAAACCAUCCUCUCUGUGUCUGAGCAAGUUUCAUUUACCGAUGUGAAUACAAUAGCUCGGUACCUGGCUCGAGUUGCUGCCUCUGCUGGGUUGUAUGGCUCAAAUCUGUUGGAACACACAGAGAUUGAUCAUUGGCUGGAGUUUAGUGCUACAAAGUUAUCCACUGCCAGCCAGUUCCCUUCAGCCAUCCAAGAACUCAACCACUGCCUGUCUCUAAGGACCUACUUGGUGGGAAACUCUCUGAGUCUUGCAGACUUGUGUGUCUGGGCUGUACUAAAAGAUAAUAGCUCUUGGCAAGAGCAGCUAGAAGAAAACAAAGCUCCUGUGCAUGCAAAGCGAUGGUACAGCUUCCUUGGGGUACAACGUGCUUUCCAGUCAGUAGGAGCCAAGUGGGCUGCUGGUACACCAAAAGUUAAAAUGGCAACAGAAAAAGAAAAGAAAGCGGAUGUUGGGAAGUUUGUUGAACUUCCUGGCGCAGAGAUGGGAAAAGUCAUUGUGAGGUUUCCUCCUGAAGCAAGUGGAUAUCUGCAUAUUGGUCAUGCCAAAGCUGCCCUGCUAAAUCAGCACUACCAAGUUAACUUCAAAGGAAAACUUAUUAUGAGAUUUGAUGACACAAAUCCAGAAAAAGAGAAAGAGGACUUUGAAAAGGUUAUUCUUGAAGACGUUGCCAUGCUGCACAUCAAACCAGAUCAAUUUACAUAUACCUCAGAUCACUUUGAAACAAUAAUGAAAUAUGCUGAGAAGCUUAUUCAAGAAGGGAAGGCGUAUGUGGAUGAUACUCCUGCGGAACAAAUGAAAGCAGAGCGUGAGCAAAGAGUGGAAUCUAAGCACAGAAAUAACUGUGUUAAUAAGAAUCUACAAAUGUGGGAAGAAAUGAAAAAGGGAACAGAAUACGGACAAGCUUGUUGUCUACGAGCAAAAAUAGAUAUGAGUAGUAAUAAUGGAUGUAUGAGGGAUCCAACUCUUUAUCGUUGUAAAAACCAGCCUCACCCUCGGACUGGAAGUACCUACAAGGUUUAUCCCACGUACGACUUUGCCUGCCCCAUUGUUGAUAGUAUUGAAGGUGUCACGCAUGCACUGAGAACAACUGAAUACCAUGACAGAGAUGAACAAUUCUAUUGGAUCAUUGAGGCUCUGGGCAUAAGGAAACCUUAUAUAUGGGAGUAUAGCAGGCUAAACCUCAACAACACUGUGCUCUCCAAGAGAAAACUCACGUGGUUUGUCAACGAAGGCCUUGUGGAUGGAUGGGAUGACCCAAGAUUUCCCACUGUGCGUGGUGUCCUUAGAAGAGGCAUGACAGUUGAAGGGCUAAAACAGUUCAUUGCUGCUCAGGGCUCCUCUCGAUCUGUUGUGAAUAUGGAGUGGGAUAAAAUCUGGUCCUUUAACAAAAAGGUUAUAGACCCAGUAGCACCUCGGUACACUGCUUUACUGAAAGAUGCAGUGGUCCCAGUAAAUAUUCCUGAAGCUCAAGAGGAGAUGAAAGAAGUGGCUAAACAUCCAAAGAAUGCUGAUGUUGGGUUGAAGCCUGUGUGGUACAGCUCCAGAGUCUUCAUCGAGGGCGCAGAUGCAGAGACCCUGUCGGAGGGAGAGGUGGUUACCUUCAUAAAUUGGGGCAAUAUCAUCAUAACCAAAUUAAACAGAAGUUCAAGUGGAAAAAUUGUGUCCAUCAAUGCCAAGUUGAACUUAGAUAAUAAGGACUUCAAAAAAACUACUAAGAUCACUUGGUUGGCAGAAACUCCACGUGCACCCCUCAUUCCAACUGUCUGUGUUAAUUAUGAGCAUCUGAUCACUAAGCCAGUUCUAGGUAAAGAUGAAGACUUCAAGCAAUAUAUCAACCGAAAUAGCAAGCAAGAAGAACUGAUGCUGGGUGAUCCGUGCCUUAAGGAGUUAAAAAAAGGAGACAUCAUACAACUUCAGAGGAGAGGAUUCUUUAUUUGUGAUCAGCCCUAUGAGCCAGUGAGUCCUUACAGCUGCAAAGAUGCCCCAUGCAUUUUGAUUUACAUCCCUGAUGGACACACUAAGGAAAUGCCAACAUCUGGGUCAAAAGAGAAGACCAAAGCUGAAACUGCAAAGAAAGAGGCUAGUUCAUCUGUAAAAGGAAAAUCUGCUCCAGUUGUUGGUCAUGCCUCUACUCCAGCCUGUACUGUAUCUGAAGGUCACCUGAUCAUCUACAACAAGGUGGCUGCACAGGGUGAUGUAGUUCGUGACUUGAAGGCUAAGAAGGCAGCAAAGGAAGAUAUUGAUAAAGCUGUGAAACAACUGCUGGCCUUGAAAGCAGAAUACAAAGAGAAGACAGGCCAGGAGUAUAAGCCAGGAAAUCCUCCAGUAUCUGGAACUGCACAGUCAUCAAAGCUUGAGACCUCUGGUACCCUGGACAGUAAAGCUCUGUAUGAUAAAGUAGCAGCACAAGGAGAAGUGGUCCGAAAACUGAAAGCUGAGAAAGCACCUAAGGAUCAAAUAGAUGAAGCAGUAAAACUCCUCCUUUCUUUAAAAGCUGACUACAAGGAGAAGACUGGGCAGGAGUACAAGCCAGGACACCCACCAGCAGCUCAGGGGACUUUGCCUCAGGCAUCAAACACAGAACAAAGCGGUCCAGACACUCCUGAAGCUAAAGCCCUGUUUAGCAAAGUAGCUCUUCAAGGAGAGGAAGUUAGGAAAUUAAAAGCAGAAAAAGCAGACAAGGAAAAGAUAGAUGUGGCUGUUAAAGAACUUCUUCAGUUGAAGGCCCAGUAUAAGUCUGUUACAGGAGUUGACUAUAAACCAGUGUCUGAUAGUGGUGUAGAUGAGAAAGACAAAAAGAAGAAAGAGAAGGAGAACAAGUCUGAAAAGCAGAGUAAGCAACAGAAGCAAAAUGAUGGCCCCAAAAAAGAGCCCUUCCAAGGACAGAGUGGUAAUGAGCGCUCCUCAAAUGGAUCAGGAGAGGGCCAAGGCCCUAAGAAACAAACCAGGCUGGGUCUAGAAGCUAAAAAAGAAGAAAAUCUGUCAGAGUGGUUCUCUCAGGUGAUCACAAAAUCAGAAAUGAUUGAGUACUAUGAUGUGAGUGGCUGUUACAUUCUUCGUCCUUGGGCUCACGCUAUUUGGGAAGCCAUCAAAGACUUCUUCGAUGCAGAGAUCAAGAAACUUGGAGUGGAAAACUGCUACUUCCCCAUGUUUGUUUCCCAGACUGCCUUAGAGACAGAGAAGUCUCAUAUUGCUGACUUUGCUCCUGAGGUUGCUUGGGUUACAAGAUCUGGGAAAACAGAACUGGCUGAACCAAUUGCUAUACGCCCCACAAGUGAAACAGUCAUGUAUCCUUCCUAUGCAAAGUGGGUGCAGUCACACAGGGAUCUUCCUAUCAAACUUAAUCAGUGGUGCAGUGUUGUGCGCUGGGAGUUCAAACAUCCCCAGCCUUUCCUUCGCACUCGUGAGUUCCUUUGGCAAGAAGGUCACACAGCAUUUGCAACAUAUGAAGAAGCAGCAGAGGAGGUCCUGCAGAUACUUGAUCUCUAUGCUCGGGUGUAUGAAGAUCUCUUGGCAAUACCUGUUGUGAAAGGAAGGAAGACAGAGAAGGAGAAGUUUGCUGGGGGGGAUUAUACAACCACUUUAGAGGCAUUUAUAUCUGCCAGUGGAAGAGCUAUCCAGGGAGCAACAUCACAUCAUCUAGGGCAGAAUUUCUCAAAGAUGUUUGAAAUUGUGUUUGAAGAUCCCAAGAAGCCAGGAGAAAAACAGUUUGCUUAUCAGAAUUCCUGGGGCAUUACAACUCGGACUAUUGGUGUAAUGACAAUGAUUCAUGGAGAUAACAUGGGAUUGGUACUCCCACCUCGUGUGGCCUGUAUUCAGGUUGUAAUUAUUCCCUGUGGUAUCACAAACUCCCUUUCUGAAGAGGACAGAGAGGCUCUGCUGAAGAAAUGUAAUGAGUAUCGUAGCAGGCUGCUUGCUGUCAGCAUCCGUGUCCGGGCUGAUUUAAGAGACAACUACUCACCUGGCUGGAAGUUCAACCACUGGGAACUUAAGAAUGUUACAAUUGCUAUAGAAACUGGACUUGAAAAAGACACAGGGCAGAAGCUGACAUUGUCUGAACAUGAAGCAGAAGAGAAACUUAAGCAGAUCUUGGAGGAGAUCCAUGCAAACCUUUACAGCAGAGCAUCCGAGGACCUAAAAAGUCAUAUGGUGGUGGCCAGUAAUAUGGAGGACUUUCAAAAAGAGCUUGAUUCAGGAAAGAUUGUACAAAUCCCUUUCUGUGGGGAAAUUGAGUGUGAAGAUUGGAUCAAGAAGACCACUGCCAGGGAUCAAGAUCUUGAGCCUGGUGCCCCAUCCAUGGGAGCAAAAAGCCUCUGCAUACCUUUCCAGCCUCUCCGUGAACUCCAGCCCGGAGCAAGAUGUGUGUGCGGAAAAAACCCUGCCAAGUUCUACACCCUCUUUGGUCGUAGUUACUAAAUCACUAGUGAAAGAACCUUCUCCUUUAUCUGUGAAUUGAACUUUUUUUAAUAAGACUGAAAUAGCCCCUUAAAUUUCAAUCAGUUUUGUGACCUUUUUAAAUAAUUCAAAGACAAAGCCAUAAACCAUAACCUGGCUCCCCAAUGGUCAGUCUUAGGCUAGCAGUAAUUCACAGACUUUUCUGUAAACAUCUCCAAUAAUAAAGAUGUAUUGUGAGCUGUAA